AUGGACAAUAUAAGAUCAUCCAUGAAGACUGAAGGUGAGGCCCUGAAAAGUCUGGUGGACACAGUCAUAUAUGAGAAGAUGAAGCAGGUAGACCAGAUAGAGAAUUCACUGUUAGAAGAUCUAAAUACCCAAGACAAGACAAUGGAUGAUUACAUCACUUAUCUUAAUAACCUUAUCAAAGAGCUCCAAAAAUGUCUGACCUCUACAGAACCACAGAAAUUAAUGUCGGAGAAGAAAUUACAGAUCCGAUCCAUACCAGCGACAACAAAAGCAGUCACUCCAGGAUUUACUGCUGGGCAAUAUAUUAAAAGUGAUGUCACCAAAUUACUUGUUAAAAUACAUGCCCCGAAAACUAAAGCAGAGAAGAGAGAAAUAAGGCCCUUUGAAAGUGUCUACAAUAUAGCUAUGAAACAUACAUAUACACAAAUGAAAGAAGAUGGAAAGAAAUCUGACAAAAAACUAGAAAUGCCUUCAUCUGCCUCUGUCACCAAGGUCAGGGAGUUCAAUUUACCAGGUGUUUGGAAUGUACACCACGUAGCACAAGAUCCGUCAAGCAGACUCUGGAUCAGUGACAGUGAGUGUAUCCUUGUGCAAACAGAUCUACAGGGGAAUGAGAUACAGAAUAUAAAAACCAAUGGUAGGGAUCAAGGUUACCACACAGUUACACAAGAUGGGGAUCUCAUCUUCACAGACAAAGACAAAAAAGUUAUCAAUAGGAUAACACAGGAUAAUGAUAUAACUGAAUUCAUUAAAACUAGAGAAUGGAAACCACUCAGCAUACACUCCUCCAACAUCAACGGGGACUUACUGGUAGGAAAAGUGAAGGAUAAAGAGGGUAAAGUUACCAGGUACAACAAGACAGGAAAAGAACUACAGGACAUACAGAGGGAUAUCAAAGGGCAAGAACUGUUUAAAUUGCCUCACUACAUCAUAGAAAACAUCAAUGGUGAUAUCUGUACAUGA